UGCAUGGAAUAAUUAAAUUAUUAGAACACAUAAUGAUAAUUAAAAAUAAUUAUAAUGAUAAUUGAUUCUAAAUUUUCUUGAUUUGGUAUCAAAUAUUCAAAAGAGGAUUCUAACUAACCAAUGAAAAAUGAUAUUUUUCAUAAGUCCAAAUUAUUUUCUUACAAUAAAAAAUGUAGAAGGACCAAUUAUGAAAUUUAGAAAACAGAAUAUUCCAAGAAUAUUCUGUCAACUUUAACGGAAUGCACUUAGGAGUAAACUUAAGUGGUACCGGGUGCAAAUAUAAUAGAGUUCACUGGUACCCGACGCCCUAUUCAAACUUAAGUGGUAUGACGACCCCAAUUCUCAAACUUAAGUGGCACGCGAGGUAUUUUACCCAAUCUUUUCCCAUACAAUUCCUUCUCUUCCUUGAAAAAUCAUGUCUAAGUUGUUGUUUUUAUGCAUUUUCCCUACGUACUUAUUGAUUUGAGAAUGAAAAUAGAUUCAAAGCGGAGGAAACAGUUUCUGUAUACUCACAUUGCUCGCCUAUUCAACAAGUAAUAUUUCCAACCCGUCGUUUCUUCUAAUUUUUCAAAUGAACUUCUCUAAUUAAGGACAAUUAACGAUCUCGACAUGAGAGUGUUUAUGUUCAUAGUGUCAUUGCAUAGUCUUCACUGUUGGGAUCCCAUUCCCCUUCAAAAGAAAUGUUUUUUUAUAUGUGCUCUCUUGACAUGAUACUCAAUAGGUGAAGUGGUCGGCGGGGAGAUGGAGUGAGGCUUUUAUGGAGGGGAAGUGGUCGGCGGCAGGGAGGAUUGGCGUCGACGGCGACUGCGCGGGCGGACGUCGGCGGGCUGCGCAGCGCGGAAGCGGGGAGGCGAAGGUGAGGCGGCGCGGCGCGAAGGCUGAGGGUUCGGGGCGCGGAGGCUGGGCGGGCGGCGACUGCGGAGGCGGCGGGCAGGGUGGCGAGUGGCGCAGAGGGGAUGCCUCUGUUGAGAAGAAAAUGGAAGGGUUUGGGGGGCGGCUGUUAUGUUGCGGUAGGGUUUGGGGUUGGUUAUGUGUUUAAAAAAAAGGAAUUUCUUUGCAUCUGUGGGGAUUCGAAAACUGGUCUGAUUUAAUGAAAUCAAGCGCCCAACCAAUAGGAAUCCCGUGUGCAACAUGUUCAAGAAUCAGAUCCAAAGCAAUAACUUGUUGUUUCUCAUAUUUGGGCCUUGUUGUGCAACUCUGAUUCACAACAGAAUAUAAAAACCCAACUAAACACGAUUUUUUUCUUGAUUUUUCAAAUUUCAUAAAACAAAACAGACAACAAAAACAAGCAAAAAAUACUAAACGGGCCCUUAGUUUUGAGUAAUUACCAUCAAAUCACCUUAUGAAAUACAACCCAAACCACAUCUAAGUUUAUUAGUGACGCAGACAACACAAGUAAAAUCUCGAUGAAUUGUUAUGGUCAGGACUUCAUCGAGAUUUGAUGAAAAGAUGAUAAUGCCAGAUUCCCAAAUCUCGAUGAAUUGUUAUGUGGGAAGUUAAUAAUAAUGAUACUAAUGGGGGAAGUUUUUUUUUUUUUUUUUACACUUUCUGUAUCUACAUGUAUUAUAUGUAUUAUUAGAAUCUCAGAAUUCAUUUGCAUUAAAUUGAAAAUAAAUUUUCAGAAUUUUU